CCUCCUGAGACCCUGCAUCCUCAUAUGAGGACAUUACAUUUUUGCUGUUCUGCACCAUGAUACUUAAUUUGUAAGAAUUUUGACCAAUUGCCCUCAUCUGGGGGCCCUGCCUGCACCACCUAGUGGUCUCAUAAUGAAAUUACACUCAUUUGAAAAAAAACAACAUGGCGGGGAUGACAGUGAACGUCUUCUACGGCAGCUCCCGACAGAAACAUGGACAAGGGGGAAUGUCCUUUUUGAGAGCUGAACGAUUGCUAAAUGCAAUCGCAAAUGACUCUGAGAUUGAAGAUUUGUCAGAUGGUGAAGAGGAUGAUCCUGCUGUGGGUGAAAUCGCUCCAUGUGAAGCAACUGUGGAGCAACCUGAUGAUUCUGAUUCAGAUUAUCAACCUGAUGCUGCUGACAUAAGUGAAGAUACUGACAGCGAUGUGAGUGAGCCACAACAUAAACAACAGCAUCUUGAGAAUGAUGAACCUGACCAGGAUGUGCAAGGUCGCAGGGCAGGACCAAGAAAUGGAAAUAGAGAGUACUGGAAGUCUGCUCCAUUCAACCCUGUCUUAGUCCGAUUUCAAGGAGCUGAUGAACAACAAGACGAGAGAGCAGAUAUGUCACCGGUGCAGUACAUGGAACAGUACGUUGACAUAGAACUGAUGAAAGUCCUUGCCGACUGUACAAAUUCUAUGUCAUUAGCUAAAAGUGGGAGAUCUCUCAACACAUCGGUUGAAGAGAUGUACCACUUUUUUGGAGCAUCCAUCUUGAUGUCCUGCAUCCCUUACCCACAAAUCCGCAUGUUCUGGUCCACUAACCUGAGAGUCCCUGCCAUUAGUGACACAAUGAGACGCGACCGAUUCUUCAAGCUGAGGAGCCAUCUGAAGGUGGUAAUUGAUGACGACAUUCCUGAAGACAGGAAAACAGACAAAUUCUGGAAGGUGAGGCCUUUCAUGAAUCGCAUACUCAAAGGCUGCCAUGCUCAGGCCCGACCAGAAUCCGUUUCAAUAGAUGAACAGAUGAUACCAUUCACUGGAGGCUGUCCGUUCCGCCAGUAUGUGCCGCUAAAGCCAAAUCCAGUUGGCAUGAAGAAUUUUGUCCUGGCAACAGCAGAUGGCGUCGUUCUCGACUUUGAAGUUUACCAAGGUUCAAAGGAACUGGCUGCACAGGUGCUGGACGCAGAAGGAUUGGGUUUGGGAGCCCUGGUCCUCAAACGCCUGACAAAAACAGUACAUCCUGGUACAAAGGUGUACUGUGAUAGGUUCUUCACCACCACAUCAGCUGCGGAAUCCAUGCUGGAGAAGCAGGUGUACCUAACUGGUACAGUCAUGAAGAACAGGAUCCCAAAAGCAAUGCAGAAGCUUCCAAGUGACAAGAUCAUGAAGCAGCAAGGCAGAGGUACCUCCGCAUCAGUUGUCAGGGGAGAUGGGAAACUGAAUGUUGUGAAAUGGUUUGACAACAAGCCGGUCCUGAUGCUCUCUGCUGUCCACACUAAGGAGCCAGAGAAUACCUGCCAGCGGUGGUCCAAGAAGGACAAAUGCUACUUAACCAUCAGACGACCAAAUAUUGUACAGGAGUACAAUGCAAAGAUGGGUGGGGUAGACUUAUCAGACAGAAUGAUGAGCUACUACAGGAUGAGCGUGAGAACAAAGAAGUGGACGAUUCGUAUGCUUAUGCACUUCAUGGAUCUUGCUCUGGCCAACAGCUGGCUGCUGUAUCGCAGAGAUCAUCAAGAACACGGUACCCCAAGAAAGGCUAUCAUGACGUUCCUCGCGUUCCGCAUGGACGUGGCUCAGGUGUUCCUCAACAAGUGUGAUGUCACGCAUGCAGAGGAAGAGAGUGCAUGCUGUCCACAACCUGGCCAAAGAUCCCUGGUCACUCCAAUCCCCCACAUCUCAGCGCGCACAGCUUCUGCUGCUCAUCUGCCAGAAGUUGCUGAUCUCAAGAACCCGAUGCGUUGCAGACAACAAGGCUGCCCUGGGAAAUCCCGUGUUCGCUGUCUGACAUGCAAUGUGUUCCUUUGCCUGCAAAGUCGGCGCAACUGCUAUGAAGCCUUUCACGGAGGCCAGUAGGACUACUUGAAUACUUGAAUGUUUGUUUGAGUUUGCUAUGACACGUUCAUAAGGAUGUUCAUAAACGUUGCACUUUUCCAUGCAAAGCCUUUCACAUAGGCAAGCAGGAAUACUUGAAUUAAUGACUGAGUUCGCUAUGACAUGUUCAUAAUGAAGUUCAUAGAGUUUGCACUUUUCCAUGCAAAGCCUUUCACAGAGGCCAGUAGGAGUACUUGAAUGUUUGUUUGAGUUUGCUAUGACACGUUCAUAAUGAUGCUCAUAAACGUUGCACUUUUCCAUGCAAAGCCUUUCACAUAGGCAAGCAGGAAUAAUUGAAUUAAUGACUGAGUUCGCUAUGACAUGUUCAUAAUGAAGUUCAUAAAGUUUGCACUUUUCCAUGCAAAAGCUGCACACUUUUAUCUGCACUUUUAUGUUUGUUGACAGUAUAAAAUAAAGUUUUGUACUUUGUUAACCAAUGGUGUCUUCAUUGUGAAAGUCUGGACAGAAAGCAAUGUAAAUGUACAUACUGUGAAACACAGAUGUAAAUAAUAACAUUGAUUGAAUGGUCUUAUCGUCACACAGAUAGACCCAAUGUCCUCGUGUGAGGACAUUGGGUUUUGAGAUAACCACUUAUUGUAGAAAGCUAAAAUUUCAUUUUUAGGCUAAUUGGGUCCUUAUGAUCCCAAAUGACAAGGAAAAAAUGUAUAUGCAAAAACAGACCCAUUGUCCUCAUAUGAGGGCAUUGGUUUUGACAUAGUUCAAGAGCACAUAGAAAGCUAAAAUUUAAUUUCAACUAAAAUUAGGUCAUACUAAUCCCAAAUAGUAAGGAGACAUAAAAAAUGCA